AUGAAUGAUACUAGUGCAGCCUCGUCUUUGGAUGAGACUGAGACAGAUACUAUACAAUUCAGCAACCAGACUAGUGAGAGAAAGAGUAAUUUUCGGCAUAAUUCGAUACAAAGGAGGCAGUCCUGUGUAAAUUCUUCUUAUCCACUCGUUGAAAAAGUUUCCUGCUUGGUGGUGAUCAAAGAAGAAGAAGAAUUCAAGAAUCUUGAUAAUAGUGUUCAUUCAGGGAUACCCAAAAGUUUUCCAUCUCUUUUGGGUUUGAUUCAAGAAGGCAUGUUGGAGGAUCGAUCCUUUUUUGUUUCAAGAACCUUCAACACCAAGAGCAACACCACCUGGGGUUUUAUGAGUAAUUUCACAAUCAACAACAUCGAAUCCCAUCAAGAAAAACGACCAUUAGAACAACUCGAAGAUGAAGAACCCGUUCACACCCGAAAAAUCUCCAAGUAUGAAAAUCUUGAACUCGGAUUAGGAUUUCACGACCUCGCCAUCGACCAAUCCAACAAUCAUCCCAAUCCCGAUUCCAAUUCCAAUUCCGAUUCCGAUUCCGAUUCCAGUUCUCUAAUCCACGCAAUCGGACGAGACAACUCAAUCAGUUGUCUCCUCCGAUGCUCUCGGUCCGAUUACGGUGCUUUAGCAUCGUUAAACCGGACCUUCCGUGACCUCAUCAGAACCGGUGAACUAUACCGAUUAAGACGAAAAAACAACAUCAUCGAACAUUGGGUUUACUUUUCUUGCCACCUGGUCCAAUGGGAAGCUUUCGACCCGAUUAACCAACAUUGGAUGCAUCUUCCCACAAUGUCAUCAAACACAUGCUUUCAAUUUUCCGAUAAAGAAUCAUUAGCAGUUGGCACCGAGUUACUCGUGUUAGGAAAAGAAGUUCUUGAUCAUGUCAUCUACAAGUACAGCUUAUUAACAAAUUCAUGGUCAUUCGGGCAGCUAAUGAACGCGCCCAGAUGUUUAUUCGGGUCAGCAAGUCUCGGGCAGAUCGCGAUUGUCGCGGGCGGGUCGGACCCGGUUGGAAAGGUUAUGAACUCGGCUGAGCUUUACAACAGUGAGUCAGGCGAAUGGGUGACUCUUCCCAACAUGUUGAAACCAAGAAAAAUGUGUUCAGGGGUAUUUAUGGAUAAUAAGUUUUAUGUGAUUGGUGGGGUAGGAGGUGUUGACAUGAGCCCGUUGACUUGUGGUGAAGAGUUUGACUUGGUUACGCGGGUUUGGACGGAGAUUCCGAAUAUGUCGCCGGUGCGGGCCGCCACGUCAGCAACCACCAUGGAGGCGCCGCCGCUAGUGGCGGUGGUGGAUAAUGAGCUGUAUGCUGCUGACUGUGUAGAUAUGGAAGUGAGAAAGUAUGAUAAAAAAAGGAAAGAAUGGGAGACGGUCGGGCGGCUGCCCGAACGGGCAGACUCGAUGAACGGGUGGGGGAUCGCGUUUAGGGGUUGUGGUGACCGGGUUGUUGUGAUUGGUGGGCCCAGGAGUAGUGGGACCGGGUUUAUAGAAGUGAAUUCGUGGGUCCCACGAGAUGGGCCGCCACGGUGGACUAUGCUUGGGAGGAAACAGAGUAGUAACUUUGUCUACAAUUGUGCUGUGAUGGGUUGCUGAAGGUGGUGGUUUUUUUUUUUAUCAACAGAAGUUUUUUUUUUUCUUAUUAUUAUUUUUAAUUGUUCAUGAAGAAAAAGAACAGAUUUUUACUGACAUUAAAGAUUUCUUUAAGGUUGUAUUGUUUAAAGUUGUCAUGUGUCUGUAUCAGGUUUAGAGGAUGUAAUAACUUGUCUUUGAUAGGUAGAAUUUUGUCAAAAUUGAUCUAAAAGAAAACAUACAUAUAUAUCUAUAUUGCUUCCUGUUGAGAUU